CUACUUGAAAUGGGGCAACGCCGUAUCUCUUCAUGAGUCUCUGUAAAUAGAUUCUAGGAUCGCUGCUUUGCCUGCAGGUCGGUACGGCUUUCUGACCGCUUAAAAUGACAAUUUUGCGAGCUUCUUUUAUUUCGUAAACUUCCUGCCACAUAUGCGCUUCCUGGUUUGGUCUGUUUUGUUUUUAUUUAGCGCCUCACUUCUGCGUGUUGUUGCUAUCUCAACAGUUAAGUUUUGAUUAGGAACGACUGUUCUACAGUAACUGUUCGGACUUAAGAUCCCUUGUGCAGCUCUAACAGAGCAGGGUCAGUUUUUAUUGUCUUUUUUGUUGUUGUUUGAGGCGGAAAAAUGUCAGCAGCUAACCGACCAGGAAGCGCGGCUAGCGCGAAUCACAACCAGGAGAACAUGCUAACGAGGCUAAGAGGCUCUCUGAAGCCCCGGGCUGCAGCCAACGACAACCAGGAAAACCUUCCUCCGAAGCAAGUCGCCAACAGAACCGUUCUAGGAGCCCUGCAGGGCAACCAGAAGAGCAAAGCCCAGAACCAGCGCGGCACAAAGCAGGAGUCAACACAGCCUCUAUCUUUUAAAAAUGAAGAUCUUGCUAAGAGCUGCUUUGAGAGGCUACCUGCCAGGAAGCCUGCUUUCCAGAUCCAUGUGGAUGAGCCUGAAGCGGCUCCAGCUAACGAGGUUGAAACCAGCCAAGGGAAGCCCACAGAGGAAGAAUCUCCUCUCGCAAUCAGCAAUGCUGUGGCAGGACUCCGCAGGCCUUUGGCCACAAUCGACAUCCCGGCAGCAAUGGAUGUUAGCUUUGAGUCUCCCAUGGACAUGUCUGUGGUUGAGGGGGAUGAAAAGCCCAUCAAUGUAAACGAGGUCCCAGAAUAUGCAAGCGAAAUCCACACGUACCUCAGAGAAAUGGAGGUAAAGACCAGACCUAAAGCGGGCUACAUGAAGAAGCAGCCAGACAUCACGAACAGCAUGAGGGCCAUCCUAGUGGACUGGCUAGUAGAGGUCGGAGAAGAAUACAAGCUCCAGAACGAGACCCUUUAUCUGGCUGUCAACUACAUCGACCGCUUCCUGUCCUCCAUGUCUGUCCUGAGGGGCAAACUGCAGCUUGUCGGGACUGCGGCCAUGCUGCUUGCUUCAAAAUUUGAAGAGAUCUACCCUCCUGAAGUGGCGGAGUUUGUCUACAUCACAGAUGACACCUACACAAAGAAGCAAGUGUUGCGCAUGGAGCAUCUGGUGCUUAAAGUGCUCUCCUUUGAUCUGGCGGCUCCCACCAUAAACCAGUUCCUCACUCAGUACUUCUGCCAUCAGGCUGUUAACAAGCAGGUGGAAAGCCUUGCCAUGUACCUGGGGGAGCUCAGUCUAGUUGAGUCGGAUCCCUUCCUGAAAUACCUGCCAUCACAGAUGGCGGCUGCUGCGUACAUCCUGGCCAACAACACGGUGACUGGAAGCUCGUGGCCAAAGUCUCUGGUGGAGAUGACUGGCUACACUCUGGAGGAUCUCAUGCCCUGCGUUGAGGAUCUUCACCGACUGCAUGUUGGCGCUGCACAGCACGCCCAGCAGUCUGUCCGGGAGAAGUACAAGGGCUCAAAGUACCUGGAAGUCUCCUGUAUCGUUGCACCAACCAAGCUGAUGCUGAACUGACUCUGGCUUUCCCUGCAUAUACCUCCUGUCAGUGUUUUUUGUAAAUGAUGUGCACCAUUUUUCUAUUGUGCCCUGCUCUUUUUGGAGUAGUGCUAGAUAUAUUAUAGGUUAUUUUUAUACUAAUUACAAUGUUCAUGCCAGACUUGUCAGGGUUUUUUGGCUAAUCAAGAAUGUUUUAAUAAGUUCAUUUUAAGACAAAAUGCCAAACUUUUAUAAGACUGUAAAUGCUACUUUGCCUACAACGUUGACUUGUAGAACUGAGCAAUGUACAAGAACCCAGACUGGCUAUCUUCCAAAUUGCAGGGUCUGAAAUUUCUCUGCAGUUGUUGCAUCUUACCGUUUUUUCUAAGAUGUAAAGCAUUUGACUUUAUGGGAUACAGAGUAACAUUUGUCUAUCUCAUUACAAUGGUGCUUUAAACUGGCUGCAGUUUCAGGAAUCUUCUGCUCUGUAAAAUAUGGCUCUUGUAAAUAAAAUCCAUUUUUAAAAGCGA